CUUCCCGGCUCUGCCCGAGGGUUGUAGGGCAGGAGGAGUCCCCCCCAUCCCCCCCGCCCUAAACCUGACCCUCCCGGAGCAGCGGCGGAUGGACGAGAGCGGCAUGAACUCCUUCUUGGAGUUGGCGCUUUGUAACCGCGGCCCCGCCGCUUUCCCCCGCUCCGAGCCGGCCUCGCCUCCCUUCCCGCAGUGCUCAGGUGGCCCCGAGAGCCGCUUCGGGGCUGCUGCCUCCCACCUCCCCCAGCACGGCUUCCACCCUUCAUCCUCCUCAUCCUCAUCCUCAUCCUCCUCCCGCUUCUCCGGCCCGGGUUACCCAGCUCAUCCCGGCUACCAGCAGCUCUACCUGGGCCAGCAGGACGCGGACGGGCCGUUCUUCCAAGGGCCAGCCGGGUUCGCUCCGGGCUCGCUGGCCGAGGGCUACUGCGGGCCCCCGGGGCAGCUCCCGCAGCCGCCAGCGCUGGGCCAGGAGCAGCCCCCGUACCUGCCCGGCCUCUUCGGCCUCUCGCCUUCCCUCCUCGAGGAAGCGGAGCCGCCGGGACCCCCCGAGCCGUGCCCGGGGCCGGGGGCAGCGCAGACCUUCGAGUGGAUGAGGGUGAAGAGGAACCCCCCCAGAACAGGCAAAACGUCGGAGCUGGGGCUCCUGGGGCAGCCCAACUCCAUCCGCACCAACUUCAGCACCAAGCAGCUGACGGAGCUGGAGAAGGAGUUCCACUUCAACAAGUACCUGACGCGGGCCCGCAGGGUGGAGAUCGCCGCCACCCUGGAGCUCAACGAGACCCAGGUCAAGAUCUGGUUCCAGAACAGGAGGAUGAAGCAGAAGAAGAGGGAAAAGGAAGGGCUGGCCCCCGCCGCCGCCUCCAGGGCGGCCAAGGAAGCGGCCGAAGCCUCGGAUCAAUCCAACUGCACCUCACCUGAGGCUUCCCCCAGCUCCGGCUCCUCCUGAAACCCCCCGGAACCCCCCGGGGGUGGCCCCGAGGAACGGGAUCCUCCCCCCGGGGCACCCCCGGCUCUCCCCCCGCGUCUCUCUUUAUUUAUAACCCCUCUGCGCUCCGGAGGAGAGGCUCCGCAGCCAUUCCCGUGUCUCAGGGACGUUUCUGCCUUUCCCCCUCCCCUUUAGGAACUGCACUUUCAACUCCAGAAACAAAACAAAAAAAAACAAACAAAAAAAACUUUAAAACGAAUUUAGUUCGCUCCCCUUCGGAAAAAAAAAAAGAGUAACGAUUGUUAUUUUUUUUUUUCCUCCCGCCCCUGCUCGAUGCGUUUUUUUCAUCCUGGUGAGAUUGUUUAAAAAAAAAAAAAACAGGAAAAAAUAUAAAUUUCGGGCAUUUUUUUUUCCUUUCCCCUCCCUUUUAUUUCCUGUUUUUCUCUUCUUGCAAAGAGGCGCCCAAGACGCUCGAAGCCUCUGCAAAGACCCAAACCCCGAGGAAAAAAAAAGACGAAAAGCGAAAAAAACCCCAAUUUCCUGCUCCGGUUUUGCACUAUUUCUGCUUUACAGGGUUUUAUUUUAAUUUUUUGUUGUUUUUCCACGCGAUUUUUGCUGCUGCCGGCGGAGGAGGGGAGGGGAUUUGUUAUCGGAGCUGACCUCGGGGGGCUCUGCAGGCGGGAGGUGCGAGGAUGGAUGGGGAUGAGGUUUUUUGGGAUGAGUUUUUUCCAGCCUCAGAGCUCGGAGCGUUCCUCGCACCCUCUGGGGUUUAUCGGAGCCAGAUAAAGCCGCGAUUUAAGCGCGGCUCAACUCCCUCCCCUCCCUCGCCAGGAGCUCCAGGACUGAAACUGCUGCUAAAAAUGGAAUUAUCCCCAAAAUUCCGGCCGGAAUCUCCUGUUCCCCCUCCUCGACACGGAACUACCUCAGCCCAAUAAAGUUGUUUUUUGUUUCUUUUUUU